UGGCGGGGCCGGGCGGUGCGUCCCUCCCGCCGCGGCUGCCAGCGCCGCCGGCACCAUGGGCUGCUGCUGCCGCCUCCUCCUCCUCGCCCUCCUCCUCCUCCCGGCAGGACUGGGCGAUGACUCCCCAGAAUCACGCCUGCACCCCAUCAGCCCCCCCUUCCUCUGGCAGGGGAUCCCAGUGCCACCGGACUCCAGGGAUGCAGAUGUCCCCACACCAGCUCCUGAUCAGCCCUCCCUGCCCGUGCCCACGGGACCUUCCGGAGAUGGCGUGUCCUCUGGGCCAGUGGAGGGGGGUGGCCUCAAUGCCACCACCCCCGUGGCAGCACUGUCCCCCGCUCCCGCCUCCGCCACCGUGAGCUCCAUCGCCGUGACAGACAGUCCCUCCGCAGCCUCCGACCCCAGCUCGGUGCCACCCGCCUCGGAGACAGCCCCAGCUCUUCGGACAGCAAACCCUGCCAGCUUGGCAAGAAGCACCGUGGAUUUGGGGGCAGCUUCCAGCCCCACGGGCACAGCUGCGUCCUCGCCCUCCGCUUCCCUUCCCACCGGCGAUCCGGACUCAGUCCUGUCCCCAACGCCUGUCCUGGCGAGCCCUGGCACCACCCAGCCACCGGUGCUGACCGAGGACGUCCCUUCCCUGGGGACGCUGGCCAUGGCAUCGAGCCUGGCCGUGGAGCCAACGUUCCCCCCAGUGACUGUGAUGAGCCCCAGCGCAGCCGAGGCCACGGCCUCCGACAAGGCCACCGGAGUCACCAUGGAGGAGGUGCCGCGCGCCUUGAGCGCAGGGAGCAUCGUGGCCAUAACCGUGACGGUCAUCGUGGUGGUGGUGCUGGUGUUCGGGGCAGCAGCGUACCUCAAGAUCAGGCACUCCUCCUACGGAAGGCUUUUGGACGACCAUGACUACGGCUCCUGGGGUAACUACAACAACCCUCUGUACGAUGAUUCCUAGCAGGGAUGAAGAAAAAA